GCAGCCCAACCAAGGAUGCCACUAAGCCAGAGGAAAGACCGGAGGGGUGUACACUGCCAUUUAGCCCAUGGCUCAAGAUGGACUGCCAAAAAUGUAUCCCCAUCCUCCAACAGAAAGCAGUAAGGUACCAGCUGAGGCAGCCGUGUUCUUCGGGGCUGACAACACAGUUCCUAAAUCAGAAACAACGAUCACAUCAGAAGGAGAUCACAUUACUUCAAUAAACGACUGUAUGCUAGACAGUGAUUUUUCAACAACUACAAGCAACAAGAUUGCGUCUACAAAGGAAAGACAAAAACCAGAAGAUGAAGUUGAGGCGCACAUUAAGUCAUCAGCUCCUCCAGAGAGAGAAGUGACCACUCCCACUGGCACUAUGAACACCACAGCUAAGGAAUAUCACUCUGAAACUUUCAUCCCAGUUAACGUUAGCAAGGGGUCAUCACCAGUCGCUACUGUCUCUUUAAUAGAUUUUUCCACUAUAACAAAAGAGGAUAUCCUCUUGGCUGCUGUUGAUGUGGAGGAUGAAGAACCCAUGCAGCUUGCUGAAGGCUCAGACGGCCUGGCAGAGAGCACUGACAGCCCUGCUCCUGCCGCCAAGAAAGAGGCUGACACUGACAAAGCCACUGAUUCUUUUUUUCCUGAGGCUGAAGUGUUCCCCUCCACUGAAGGCAACUUCUCCUCUAUUCCUGACAUUACAGACCUCACAGAAGAGAGCAUAACUGAAGUAAACCUAGUAGUCUGCCAAAAGGACCCCAAGACUGUGGUUUCCCUAAAUGACACUGAUGAGGAGAAGUUUAUCACUGUGUUUGAACUGACCGCCUCUGCUGAAAAACACAAAGGUAACCUGGAAGAGACUCUCAGUGAUGAAGAGGCCACCGACGAAGUUGGUGUUUGGAUGCAGAGACACAGAAUAAAGGGAGCAGACACCAAUCCCAUCCUGCUGACGGCUGCUGAAUCCAGAUACGACUUCAGGGUCCCUGCGUCGGCAGCUGUGAACAUCACAGGAGAUUCAGCUACUGACACCAUGGAAGAUUUGCCUGAAAACAAUACAACAGAAUCUGUACCUGAAGACACCGAGACACUUUCUGACCCUGCAAACUAUGAGGAAGACACCUCCGCAGCCGAGACGGGCAUCUUUAAACUCCUGAAAGAGGACCCAGAUGAGUUCAUGAUGUGAGAGCAGGAAAAGCCGUCAGGAGUAGAGCUGUGCACUGACCUAGCAGCCAGGCCAUACAAGCAAGAAGUCUUUCCAGCUGGCAAAAACCUUUCAGGAAUGUGGCCAUUAAGGCAAGUAUUAGACUUAGAAAAUGCAGGUGUGUACAAGAAGAGGUCCUACAGCAGGGUGUGUUAUGGGAGUGUUAACCACCAGCUGUAUGAGAGCUUCCCUAGUGUCACAAAGGCUCAGUGAUCUAAAAGUUACUUGUUUUAGUGAAAACAUCCCAUUCUGGAGACGGCACUGAUGAGCCCACUUCCUGUGAUGGGCAAUGGUGUACGCCACUUUAGCUAAGCCUCAGUAUUAUAUUUUACUAAGAAUUAAGGAUAUGAAGGGAAUCAAAUUAACGCCUAGAAAUUAUUAUAGUAUUGAAAGGUAUCCUAAACAAUUUCUUCAGUUGUGUUCCAUGAGUGGUUCUCUUCUAUUAAAAAGAAUAUUUGCAACUCUCAUUAUAUAAAAAGUAAACCUGUUCAGUAAUUGUUUAACAUUCAUAUGUAAGAAACAAGAUAAGGCUCUUGUCUUCUACUGAAUGAAAAUUAAUACAAAGCGAUAUUUCACAAAUGUGUUCAGUUGUGUGAAAAAUGCCUUUAACAUAUGAAGCAAGUUAAUAUUCUUUAUCUUAAUAUCUGUAUCCUGAAUUUUUGUCAUUUUUUCAGGUCCUAAUAUUGAAUACUGUAAACUUCUUAUGUUCUUGGUUAGCAGUUCAAGGAGAUGUAUCUUCAUUCCUUUUGGACACAGACUUUUUAGAUGGGUCUGUUUUCACUUUACUGAUCUCAAUAAAUCAUUCAAGUGCAACAUA